AUGAAUCGGACUCAAGUGCCCGUCUUAGAGGAGGCAUCACUCGUGUUCCCCUUGAGCUGUCUUCUGCUCUCGUUCCUUUUCACAAUUUGCUUCUACCGCGCGUCAUUCAGGAACGUACUUCGAGCCCCCACCCAAUGCGUCGCUCGCGUUUGUCAGAACUUCCUCACUACAGUGAGUGAGAAUGGUGGUCCAUUCUUAUACCAAUACGUCCUUCCUGGCACUCAGCAUCUCUCCCGCGUGGCCUUCGUGGCCGUCAUCGUGAGUCUCCGGGUCUUUUGCCGUCUCACAAGAUACAUUUUCUCUCGCUUCUAUCAUGCACUUGUACAGCACCAGAUCGAGCGCAUAGUCGAGUGCGUUGUAAUCUGUUACCAACACCUUCACGCUACCCAUCGCCACAACUUGGCGUUGGCGUUCGAUCAUCUUCGAGCUUCCUACCUAUAUACCGUUCACGUUUGGUAUGCUCCUUACCAUGUGGCAGUCGAAAGAUUUCUCCAGAUCUGCGUUCGCUGUGUCGUUCAUGGAUACCAACAACUCAAAGAAAACCUCAAUAUCAGGGAAACCCCAACGAUCCACAUCCUCGACGACGAAAGCGAUGCAGACGACGAACGAGGUCAAGAAGAUGAAUCGGUUUUCCAAAAUAUCAAUGAAGAUGAACACCUACUCUCACCUGUAGGACAACUGAUCAGCCAGAACCAUCAACGCCGCCCCCACGAGUCAUCACUGUUCGUCAACAUGAGUUCGACAGCCAGCAACGCUAGCUCGUCAGAUAGCAAUGACCUCAACACACUCCCAGACCCCCCAACUCCCAGGACCUUAGCCCGACAUAUCCAGUGGAACAUGCCCACUGUACCACAAAACCGUCGACCCCGUCUUGGCGAUUUCACUCCAGAUGGGUACACUACCCACAACAUCCAGACUUACAAUCGGAGCACACAGGCGGCGGAUAUUCCAGUCUGGGAAGUGGAGUACUAUGAGAGGAUUGAUGGAUUCGAGUCCAUGGCUGGAGUGUCCUGGAUUAAUGUGGCGAUCGACUGGUUUGCUGAGUCGGUCUUCAUUGUGGUUGCUCCUGAUAUGGUUCGGGACGAGGAGUGA